UGUGAGCUUGCUGUUCAAGCUGUACUGCCUGGCAGUGAUGACCCUGGUGGCUGCCACAUACACAGUCGCCCUGCGCUACACGAGGACAGUGGAGACAGAGCUCUACUUCUCAACCACAGCCGUGUGCAUCACCGAAGUCAUCAAGCUGCUCCUCAGCGUGGGCAUCUUGGCUAAGGAAACUGGAAGUCUGGCAAGGUUAAUAACAUCUUUGAAAGAAAACGUGUUUGGAAGUCCUACAGAACUGUUAAAACUGAGUGUUCCAUCUUUGGUCUAUGCUCUCCAGAACAACAUGGCCUUUGUGGCUCUUAGCAACUUGGAUGCAGCAGUGUAUCAGGUGACCUACCAGCUGAAGAUCCCUUGCACAGCUCUGUGCACAGUCCUGAUGCUGAAUCGCACCCUGAGUAAGCUGCAGUGGUUCUCUGUCUUCAUGCUCUGUGGUGGUGUCACUCUCGUCCAGUGGAAACCUGCUCAGGCUACCAAAGUCCAGGUGGAGCAGAACCCAUGGCUUGGCUUUGGAGCAAUUGCUGUGGCUGUCCUGUGCUCAGGAUUUGCAGGAGUUUAUUUUGAGAAGGUCUUGAAGAGUUCAGAUACUUCCUUGUGGGUGAGGAACAUUCAGCUCUACUUACCUGGCAUCGUGGUGACUUUAUUUGGGGUGUACAUGUCAGAUGGAGCCCAAGUCCUCGAGAAAGGCUUUUUCUAUGGCUACACAUACUACGUCUGGUUCGUCAUCUUCCUGGCCAGUGUUGGUGGCCUCUACACCUCAGUCGUGGUUAAGUACACAGAUAACAUCAUGAAAGGUUUCUCUGCAGCAGCAGCCAUUGUCCUUUCCACUGUGGCAUCAGUCAUCCUCUUCGGCCUGCAGAUAACUCUUACCUUCUCCCUGGGUGCUCUCCUGGUGUGUGUUUCUAUUUACCUCUAUGGAUUACCUCGACAAGACACCACAAAAAUCCAACCCUCAGAGACCAAGAGCUCCAAAGAGAGACUUGCUAGUGUGUGACAGGAAAAUGGACA